AUGUCAACCAAAGUCUUGGACCGUACUGCCUACACGGUUGGCUGGAUAUGCGCUUUGCCCGUGGAGUCUGCCGCAGCGCAGUCCUUCCUUGACGAGCGGCAUGAAGUACCGAGCGAAAUCUCGGAUAGUAACAGCUAUGUCGUGGGCAGAAUAGGGAAGCAUAAUGUUGUUAUUGCCGUCAUGCCUCAGAAUGAGUAUGGUACUACCACUGCUGCUACGACAGCCAAGGACAUGGUGCGCAGCUUCCCACAAGUACGACUUGGCCUGAUGGUUGGUGUUGGUGGAGGGGCUCCAAGCCAAGAGCACGAUAUCCGACUGGGCGACGUUGUAGUCAGCAGCCGUGAUCAAGGCACUGGUGGUGUCAUUCAGUUCGAUUACGGAAAGACGAUACAGGGUCAAGACUUCAAGGAAACGGGCCAUCUCAAUCGACCACCUACUUCCUUGUUGACAGCAGCGGCUGCACUUGACGCGCAAUACGAUAUUGAAGGUCCUCAACUGAAUAGUAAGGUCAACCGCGCGCUGGAGAAGCAACGAAAGGCUUUCAAAAAGAAAUACUCUCGUCCAUCGGAUGACACCGACAGGCUUUAUCGGUCAGAGUUCACACAUCCUGAAGGGGUAACCGGCGAAUGUGCCGCCGUAUGCGGUGUUAGAUCAGAGGACUUGGUGCAUAGGCCCCCGCGUAGCGACGACGACGACAUCCCAAGUGUUCACUAUGGCCUGAUUGCAUCAUCCAAUCAAGUCAUGAAGGACGCCUCCCAGCGCGACAAGUUGACUCGGCGAGGAGUCCUCUGUUUUGAGAUGGAAGCAGCAGGCCUCAUGAAUCACUUUCCAUGCCUGGUUGUUCGAGGCAUAUGCGACUAUGCCGACACCCACAAGAAUUCAAUCUGGCAGCCUUAUGCAUCGAUGGUGGCAGCAGCUUACGCGAAAGAUCUGAUAGAGUCUAUUAAUCUUGUUGCGGUUGGAGGAGAAACGAAGCUGUCGGAACUCAUUGGUUCUGUGGUCACUAUACAGAGAGAACAGCACAAGAUUUUGAAUGAUACUAGAAACACAGUUGAUGGUAUAAAAUCUCAACACCGUGUAAAGAGUGUCAAAGAAUGGCUUCGGCCUGCCGACCCGUCAGACAACGCAAACCAUGCCAAGGAUCUAAGUUCCACUAUCCUUGAAUUUCUCAGAGAAAGUCGACGUGGAGCGGUAUUGUACUUCUUUUUCGACUUCAGUGAUUCUCAGAAGCGCACUUUGGAUGGCUUGGUACGCUCUCUACUUUUUCAGCUGUAUGCAGGAGCAGAUGGCAGCACCAAGAAAGUCGAAGCUCUACGAAAGUCUCACGAGGAUGGCAAAAGGUCCCCAAGCACUGCCAACAUUGUGCAGUGCUUUCAAGAUGUCCUUGCAACGCUUGGAGAUACUGUCAUUCUCAUGGAUGCGCUAGAUGAAUGCAAAGAAAAGCAUAAACUGAUUGAAUGGAUACUUGGGAUUGGCUCUGCACCUAAUCUCAAACGUGUCAAGAUUAUCAUCACCGCAAGGCCGGAAGCUGAUUUCAAAGCCUGGCUAGGCCCAGAAUUAGUAGAUGCGAAAGGUGUUGAACUCGAUAAGGAUUCAGUGAAGGCUGAUAUCGAGGUCUACAUUAAAGGAUGUUUAAGGGAGAGACCGGGAUUUCACACCCGAGCACCAGAACAUCCCAUGGUGAAACAAAUUCCUGACAGACUGAUUGAAAAGGCCGAUGGAAUGUUCCGAUAUGCAGCCUGCCAGAUCAAUGACCUGGUCAACUGUCUUGGUCCUGAAGAUAUCGAGUACGUUCUGGAUUCUUUACCGGAGACCAUCCAAGAAACAUAUAAACGAAGCAUCGAAAGAAUACCGCCAAGAUAUUAUACAAAGGCAAUCCGCGUUCUCCAGUUUCUUGUUAAUCUGGACCAGCCACUGGCACUAUCGGCAGCUGUCGACAUUGUAUCAGUGCGCUCCGAUUUCCGAAGAUUCAGUUCUAUCGACCGAAUAUGCCCCGACGACAUUACUCGACUAUGCCCCAACCUUUUAUCAAUCGUGGAAGUUAAAAGUUCCAAUACAUUCGAUGGGUCUCAGCCGAAUAAGCAACAUGAGCUUCAUUUAGCUCAUUUAUCUGUCAAAGAAUAUCUGAUUCAGUAUGAUGCCCCUGAACUCACAUUCACUGGCCUAGACGCCUGUGUAUCUAUCGUUCGGACGUGUCUAUCAUACCUCCUCGGGGUUAUUUCAGAAGGGCCAUUCAACAAAGGGACAGAUAUCAAAGCGUGGAUGGGCAAUGACCAAUGGAUGGUCAAUGAAAAAUGGCUGGUCAGUGAAAAAUGGAUGGGCCCCGCCGAACUGGAAUGGAUGGUCACCCAUGACUCGGCGUCCAUCAGCCCGCGACCACAGUCGUUUCCCUUUGCGUCGCUCGCAGUGAGUACAUGGACUGAACAAGCUGCUGCUGCGGAACUAUCACCAGAAGCUGUCAGUGCAAUAGUUGACCACUUGGAACUGGAACUUGAAGUUAAGCACCGUUGGCUGGUUCCCAGAAGUAAACAAUUUCUCACGGGAUAUUUCAACGAUUUAACAAGGAGUUGUUUGCAUUUUGCAUGUUUCCUUGGCCUUGGAAAGACAACCAAGGUUUUGAUCGCGCGCGGCGCCAAUGUCAAUGGCCCAGAAAACGAGACUAAAGCUAUGAAGCCCGUCGAAAUUGCGACAUUCAUGAAUCGACUUCAUACUUUGCGAGUUCUAUUGGAUGCUGGAGCCAGUCCUGACACUACCGGCACUGGCAUCUCAAACCACGGAAGCGCCUUGCGCAUAUCUUGUCAGAAGGGCCAUCGAGAUAUCACGAAGCUUCUUGCAAAGAAGGGAGCAGUGCUCAACAGACCAGAAGGAAACGAUCACAGGAGACUAAGUCCUCUUCAGAUCGCCAUCGAAAACAUGGACGAAAGUCUCGUGCAACUACUACUCGACGAGGGAGUCGACUUUGAUGCAAAUUGCGGCGAUUUUGGAUUCGCUCUACAGACCGCAUCCUGGUUAGGACAUACCAAGAAGGUUGCAAUACUUUUGAAGCAUGGAUCCAAUAUGAAGGCUAGGGGUCAAGCCAUUAGGUACGCCCUUCAAGCUGCCGCCGAGGAAGGCCACGAAGGAACGCUGGAACUCCUUCUGCAUAACAGUGCGGAUACAAAUGCCCUCAGCAAUAAUGCUCCUGGUAACGCUCUCCAGGCAGCUGUCAGGGGAGGCCACGGGGAUAUUGUUGAGCUUUUGCUCGACAAAGUGGAAAAUCAAUUCGCCUUCAACAACAAUGCUCAUGGCAACGCUCUCCAGGCAGCUGUUAGGGGAGGCCACGGGAAUAUUGUUGAGCUUUUACUCGACAAAGUGGCAAAUCAAUUCGCCCCACGCGAUCCCAGUUAUGGAAAUGCCCUCCGAAUAGCUGUUAUUUCACAACAGAGAGACAUCGUCAAGCUCCUGCUGACGAGGGGAAUAGGUGUUGAUGCGAUGAAUUACAGCUCCUCCCUGCAGGCUGCCGCUAAAAUGGGCCAUACGAAGAUGGCUGCUGCUAAAGAAGGUCACGGGAAUAUCGUCAAGCUUUUAAUAGCAAAAGGAGCAGAUCUUAGUGCUAAGGAUGGCACCUAUGCCUGCGACGCCCUACAGGCUGCCGCUAAAGCUGGCCACAAGAGGAUCAUCAGGCUUCUCGUGGACAAAGGCGUCAAUGCCAAUGCUAAAAGCGGCCUUAAUGGGAAUGCUCUCCAGGCUGCUGCUAAAGCAGGUCACCGAAAAAUGGUCAAACUUUUGCUAGAAAAAGGAGCAAACAUUAAUGCUCGGGGUGGCACUUAUGGCUACGCCCUACAGGCUGCCGCUAAAGCAGGCCACAGAAGGAUGGUCAAGCUUUUACUAGACAAUGGCGCAGAUGUCAAUGCUCAGGGUGGAAUCUUCGGGAAUGCUCUUUAUGCAGCUGCUUCGGAAGGGUUCCAAAGCGUCGUUGAGGUCCUGGUGGAAAGAGGCGCGGAUAUCAACAGCCAGGGGGGUCCUUACGGAAAUGCCCUGACAAUUGCGUGCGUGCGCGAGCACCCAGAAACAAUGGAUUACCUCCUAGAAAAGGGAGCCGACGCAAGUGCAACUAUUCCGGGCUUGGGAAAUACCCUUCAGAUAUUCAUGAGAAGGCUUCUGGAUUGGAACGUCAAAACCGAAGGUAUGCUGACGAGCCUUAUCAAUGCUGGGUCAGUCCUGCCGCAGUCUCAUGACGCGUCCAGUCGGCAUGCGCUGCGGCUUGCUGUUAGAAGUGGACACCUGGACCAUACCAGGCUCCUGCUGAGCGAGGGGGUAGACCCGGAUAUUUUGCUUUACGCCUCCGGCAUGCACAAUCACAGCCUUCUCAUAGAAUCUCUUGUCGAAUCUAAGCCAGAGAUCGCGGGAGAACUCAUCAGAUUUGGUGCAGACCCAAAUGCUAAGGCCUCUCACCGUCGUUCUGGAAAAACAGCUCUUCGCCUUGCUCUGGAAAGAGACUUUGAGGACGUUGUGCUACUGCUUUUACGGAGAGGGGCAGAUCCCAAUGGGCUAGGCAGUUACCCAGCUUUUAAUCCGUUGCAUUACUCUAUUACGAGAGGCUCAGUCAAGUACAAAGAUCCAAUCAGAUACCAGCCCGGAAAAGGCGGUGGUUUCGAGCGUACUGAAGCUCAAUUCCGCAACUUCAUCAGCAAAGACCCAAACUCCAAGUUUCCCGCUGAAAAGGGUCGGUAUGCGCUCUACGUCAGCCCGGGGUGCCCAUGGUGCCACAGAGUCAUGAUAGUCCGGGCUCUCAAGCGUCUGGAGGACUACGUCGACCUGUACAUCGCCGAUAUGGGUAUGGGCAAAGAGGGCUGGCAUUUCACCGAUAGUCCCGAGGCCGCCAAGUACGGUGUUCUCCCCGAGGAUCCCGUGUACGGUUUCAAAACCAUCAAGGAGCUCUACCUCAAGGCUAGUCCCGGGUAUGAGGGCCGUGUGACGGUGCCCGUGCUUUGGGACAAGAAGGCGCACACGCUGGUCAGCAACGAGUCGAGCGAGAUUAUCCGUAUGCUGUACACCGAGUUUGACCAUCUCCUUCCUGAGGCGGACCGUGAAGACAGCAGACCCGGCGGCGGGCUGUACCCUCAGAAGCUGCAGAAGGAGAUCGAUGAGAUCAAUGAGUGGGUGUAUCACACCGUCAACAACGGUGUUUACAAGUGCGGCUUUGCGUUCACGCAGGCAGCGUACGAGGAUAACGUCGACCACUUGUUCCAGUCGUUGGAUCGAUUGGAGAGCAUCCUACAGAACCGGCCAUUCUUGCUGGGCGAUCACAUCACAGAGGCUGAUGUACGACUGUUUCCCACGAUUGCGAGGUUUGAUGUCGCCUAUGUGCCCAUCUUCCAGUGUAAUCUGGCCACCAUUCGGAACGAUUAUCCCAACCUGCAUCUUUGGUACAGGAGGCUGUACUGGGACCAGAGCGAGAGGACUCAUGGUGCAUUCUUCAAUACCACGGACACCUGGAUUUCGAGAUACAAGGAGGGAUAUGGUAAUGCGAGAGCUAGGGUUUUGGGUAUCCAGGGGCCGCUCAUCAUCCCGAAGGGACCUCGCGUGUUGAUUCAUGAGCUUAAAGAUGAAGAGAAGUUGUGA